AUGUGGAAGCAAUUUAUUGGAAAGCUGUCGUGGAAGGCGAUGAAAUCCAGCUCUGGCGGCGGGGGCGCGGGCUCGCCGCCUGCGAAGCCGCCGCCGCCCCUAUCGUCGCCGCGGGAGAAUGGGGCCUCGCCGCGGGAGAAUGGGGCCACGGCGAAGCCCAACGUCUCGCCUCCGUCUCCCGCGGCUGGCGCCGGAGCCGGAGCCGGAGCCGGAGCCGAGGUGAGGUCCAGGGAGGACGCCUUUGUCCAGAAGGUUAACAUUUGCUGCGCGGUGUACGACUUCUCCGACCGGGGCAAGGACUCGCCGGAGAAGGAGCGGAAGCGGCAGAUGCUCAUGUCCCUGGUCGACUGCAUUGGCGCCGCUGAGGAGCCUCUCACGGAGACAAUGAUAGCAGCGUGCGUGCGCAUGUUCGCCGCUAACCUGUUCAGGGUCUUUCCGCCCAAAGUCCGGUCUGGCACCUCGGCUUCGGAGACCGAGGAGGACGAGCCCUUCUUCGAUCCGUCCUGGUACCACCUGCAAGUCGUUUAUGAGUUUCUCCUUAGGUUUGUGACUUCACCACUCGUCGAUGCUAAGGUGGCUAGGAAGUAUGUGGAUAGCCCUUUCGUCUCCAAGCUGCUUGAUCUGUUUGAUUCGGAUGACCCGAGAGAAAGGGACUGCUUGAAGACAAUAUUGCAUAGGAUAUAUGGCAAGUUCAUGGGAAACCGACCAUUCAUCCGUAAGGCUGUGAGCAAUAUCUUCUAUAGGUUUGUGUUCGAGACAGAUCAUCACAAUGGGAUCGCUGAGCUGUUGGAGGUCUUUGGCAGUGUAAUAAGUGGGUUUGCCAAGCCAUUGAAGGAGGAACAUAAGCUGUUCUUAUGGAAAGCAUUGAUACCACUUCAUAAGCCGAAAUCAGUGGGAGUGUAUCUGCCACAGCUGACAUAUUGCAUCACACAAUUUAUUGAGAAGGAACCGAAGCUUUCUGGGACUGUGAUCAGAGGCCUGUUAAAGUAUUGGCCAGUUACAAAUAGUCAGAAGGAAAUGAUGUUUUUGGGGGAGUUGGAGGAGGUGCUGGAGUUGACUGACAUGGCUGAAUUUCAGAAAUGCAUGGUUCCCUUGUUCCGGAAGAUUGCUAGUUGCCUGAAUAGCUCUCAUUUUCAGGUUGCAGAGAGAGCCUUAUUCCUAUGGAACAACGAGCACCUAUUCGAUAUGAUCUCCCAAAACCGUCAAGUGAUCCUACCGAUUAUAUACCCAGCUCUGGAGCGGAACACCCGCUGGCACUGGAACCAAUCUGUCCUCAAUGUAACAAUGAAUGUGCGGCAAAUGUUCCGCGAAAUGGAUGAGAGGCUUCUUGUAGCCUGCCAGAACAACUUCCAAGAGGAAGAGGAGAAGCGAGCUGCAACUGAGGAGCGGCGGAGGCUCAUGUGGGAGCAGCUGGAGCGGAGCACUGCUCGUGGGUAUCACCAACCAGUGAUCGCUGCAGACGCAAGCUUUCCUGCACCCCCUUCGUCGGGUCGUCUUGUAGCCCCUACCGUGACAUGA